AUGGCUCGUGACCGACUCUUUCUCCCCCUAAAGCUGGGGGAUGUCGAACUCAGUCAUCGCAUCGUGAUGGCACCACUGACACGAUUCCGAGCGGAUGAUGACCACGUCCCGAUCGCAGACGUGAAAGAAUACUACGCUCAGCGGGCCUCGACCCCUGGUACACUUCUUAUUGCCGAGGCCACGCUCAUCAGUCCUCGGGCAAGCGGCAUGGCUAAUGUGCCUGGUAUCUGGAAUUCUUCGCAGAUUGCAGCCUGGAAGACGGUCACUGAUGCUGUCCAUGCGAAAAAGUGUUUCAUCUUUCUCCAACUCUGGGCUCUCGGUAGGCGAGCUGAACCUGAGGCCCUCAAAGGAGAAGAAGGGGGGCCUUAUCCAAUAGUCAGUUCCAGCACAGUAUCUGUCGAAGAAGGAGGACCUCUCCCCCACGCGUUGACCGCGGAAGAAAUCCAGCAAUAUGUUAAGGACUAUGCUUCCGCCGCGAAGAAUGCCAUCGUCGCGGGCUUUGACGGGGUCGAGAUUCACGGCGCGAACGGUUAUCUUGUGGACCAAUUUUUGCAGGAGAGUAUCAAUCAGCGCACCGACAAUUACGGCGGAAGCAUCGAGAACCGUGCUAGGUUUGGCCGUGAAGUUGUCCAGGCUAUCAUCGCUGCUGUGGGGAACGACAGCAAGAAAGUCGCCAUCCGCUUGUCACCGUGGUUCGAGUUUACCAAUAAUGCCAACAGUACAUCACCAGAUCCCAUCCCACAGUUCUCCUAUAUGGUUUCAGAGCUGAAGAAGCUCGACCUCGCCUAUCUACAUCUCGUCGAGAGUCGAUAUGAUGGGGAUGUUGGGACAGCAGAGUACGACACUCUAACGCGGCGCAAUGACCCCCUCAUUGAACUCUGGGGAACUCAAGCCCCGAUCAUCCUUGCUGGCGGCUUCACGCCCGAAACAGCAAAGAAGAUUACCGAGGAAAGACACCCACACCGCAAUGUGUGUGUGGCGUUCGGGCGAUUCUACAUCAGCACACCAGAUCUGCCGUACAGGGUCUGUAAGGGCAUCUCACUGAACCCUUAUAUCCGCCACACGUUUUAUACUAAGAUGAGUCCAACUGGGUACACUGACUACUCAUACAGCACCGAGUACCUAGCUGUUAACCCCGAGAAUGGGGCUAUCCCUUCAGCUUAG